GUUAUCAGUUAUGAGAAACGCUUUCAAUAAGUUGAAGAAUUUUCUAAUUAGGUUCAAAUGGCUUCGCUCUACCUAUAAGAGCAUCCAGCUUGGUGAUCGUAAAGGCAUUCGUAAAGAUGAUGCGAGUGGCGGGAAUCAUCUUGGUCUCCUUCACAAUUUUCUGCUACAGUUAUAAUUACGCUGUCGCUUCUAUGAAUCACAAGGAAUCAUCAACCACUUUGAAGUUGGAUCCCUCAAAUAAAGUGCCAGUAUUCCAACAUAGCACUUGUACCUGCAAUACGGAAGCACAAAUCGUUAUCAACGAUACCCAAAAAGAAGCACCCUCAAUUCCUCUGAAUAUAUGUCACUGCCGGACUUGCAUUGCUCAGGACACGGAUGAACACGGAAAUUCAAAUCUACACUGUGUGGAACACGUUAUGACUGAGGAAGAAUAUCGCUCACUGUUGGCGCAGUCCAAACUUUCGGAACCCGCACACCCCUCAACCCGGAAGAAACGAUCUCCGUACACCUGGGAAGAGCUCCUCGAGAAGAUAUCCUUCAUGGGCAGCCACGACAGCACGUUCAACAAGCGGACUCAGGGUUACUUCCACUACAACUAUGCCAACAGCAGCGCAGGUACUAGUCAUAAUCCGCCUACCCCACCCAGUAAUCCACCCCAAACGACUGCUACUAGUACUACUUCUACUACCACUUCUACUUCUGUUCUCAUUUCAACUAUUACCACUUCUGGCGGAACGACUGAUACGGUUGCAACAAUUGGUGCGGGUUCGACGGACACAACUACAGCUCCUCCGGCGAGCACGGGCAAUGCUGGCGGAUAGUUUUGAUGGGCGUGAUCUCCGCGAGGUCGGCCAUCAUGUGGCCAAAAUGUCGUCUAAGAAAAUAGAAAGUUUCUAUGAUCAACCUGCAUUUUGUUACCAUUACAUAUUUCCAUAGACAUAAAAGCCAAGUUAAAAGUCGUGUUUUGUUGAGUGUACCUGCAUAGAGAGCUCUCAGAAGCAAGCACGACAUCGUCGCAUGUUCGGAAAACAUUUUCUUCAGUCAAUCUAUAUCAAUAAACACACACCUUACUCCACACAUAAUCUUACUGAACCGCCGAUAUCGUGUAUUUUAGGAGUCAAGUUAAUAGAAAUAUCCAAAUAAAGGGCUUACAGUCUGCGGAAAUAAUAGGAUUAGUGGUCAAGUGA